AUGGUAAUUGGUUGCUCGAAAUAUUCUGCUGCUAAACAAUAUAAAAUACCAAGACAAACACUACAUGACUAUAUAAAACGAGCACCUGUUGAUAACUUUGUUAAAAAGUUACGUGCAGGACACCCAAGAACACUCUCAGUUUUUCAAGAAAAAGAGCUCAUAAAAGUUCUUCUGAACAUGUCACAGAGAUUGUUUGGUUUGUCUCCAAAAGAUGUAAAACAAAUGGUAUUUCAGUUUUGUGAAGAAAAUAGAAUUGUUCACAAAUUUAAUUGUGCAACUAAGUCAGCAGGAAAAGAAUGGUUUAGGGAAAAAAUAAUGUUUAAUGCUAAUGGGAUGCAGAUUAUUCAACCAUCAAACUUAUUCAACGUAGAUGAAUCUGGAUUGUCUAUUUGCCUUAAACCAGGAAAAAUUGUUGCUCUUAAGGAAAAACACAGUGUUGGUGGCUUAACAAGCUCCGAAAGCGGUAAAACAAUCACAAUAGUUUGUUGCCAAUCAGCAAGCGGGUUUUUUGUCCCUCCGACGUUGAUCUAUCCACGUAUUCGAGUAAAAUCUGAAUUUUUAGAUAAAGCCCCAAUAGGUUCUAUUUCUGAUGGCAGUAAAAAUGGCUGGAUAAAAACUGAGUUGUUUGAAAUAUGGUUUGAUCAUUAUUUGCAAGCAGUCCGGCCUCAGUCAAGAAACCAACCAGUUCUUUUAAUUUUAGAUGGACAUUCAAGUCAUAAAAAAUAUCUUAGUGUUAUUAAAAAAGCGCGCCACUCAAAUGUUCUUAUUUUAUCACUUCCAUCCCACUGCACCCACAAACUGCAACCACUUGAUGUUUCGUUUUUUAAAAGCCUCAAAAUAUUCUAUGAUCAGGAGGUUAGUACUUGGCUUCGUCGCCAUCCUGGUCGUCCCGUAACUGAACUAGAGGUUGGUGAAUUAUUUGGAAAAGCCUAUGGGAAAGCUGCAACUGUUCAAAAUUGUCAGUCAGGGUUCAAAAAAUGUGGAAUAUAUCCAUUUGAUAGAAAUGUGUUUACUGAAGAAGACUUUGCUGCAGCCAAGGCUACUGAUCCCUCGUAUGUUGUAUCAAAAAUUUCAAAACCAAGUAAUACCUCUGAAAUGCACCCUACUCUCAACAAUGGGUUAGACUCUGCUAAAGAAUUAGAUAAUAUUGAUUUUGUUACAGGUUGUGUUAUUGACACUCAAAAAAAAUCUAUUUCACCAAAUUCAUCAUUUACACUUCAGAAGUCAUCAGAAUUAGCCACCUCACACGAUGAAACCUCACAACCUUAUGGUGUUAUAUUUUGA